AUGCCCAGAGACGACUUAUCUAUCGAAUUUGUCAAGAGGAUGCCUCAAGCGGAGCCCCUCGACCCGAGUCUAAUACUCGAUGAUUGGAUUAAUCGCGUUCAGAAUUUUCCCGAGGAAAUUCGUUUCAUGCAAGACGAAAUCGCCGAUAAAGAUAGACAAUACAACGAAUGCGUCCGCAUGAUCGAAGACCGCGAUGCUAAGAUCCAGAAAUGGAUUAAAACCAAUGGCAGCCAUGAACCAAACCCCAGAGAAGACUUGUUGCGCUCCCAGAUUCGAGAACACUAUGCCAAAGCCGAUCGACUUGCUCAGGAGAAAAUUGACUUGGCACGCAAGUUACAGCUCACCAUGGACAAGCAUCUGCGCAGUCUUGAUAUACAAAUCAAGAUACUAUACGACCGGGCUGAGCCUGGUUUCACCGACCCUGAUGAGGUCCCCUCUCUAUUGCGCCCCAGUGCAGCCAACAUUGCGGCGCCUUCCAUCCGCACGAGCAACCCCUCAAGCAUGACAGCCGGUCCGACAAUCGCUCCUAUCAAUACCGGCCCUAAUCCAGCGUUGGCUCGAUUACCCACACAUCCACAUAUUCGUUUAGCCCAGACACCACAGCAGCAGCAGCAGCAGCAGCAGCCUAAGCAGUCACAUGCAGCUUCGGCGCCGGCAACCCCAGCUGCGAGCAUGAUAAUGAAUCGACACAGGGAAAGUUCUGCGGGACCAGCCACCAAGCGAGGGCCCAAGGCAGCCCUUGGAAUAGGUACUGCGCCAACUACAUCGAGCGGUCUUGCGCGACAUUCGUCUCUGGGCCCGGGAACGCCGAAGAGUAAUACUGCAAGUGGCUCUAAUGUAGCUAUGAGAGCCGGUAGUGCCGGCCCGAGGGCCACAACCACCAAAUUAGGAAAUGGGCCAGGCAGUCGGCGAGGCACACCGGGUGCGCCGAAUCGCAAGAAGCCUCCACAUAAAUCGAAGUUGUCUCGCGUCAAGAAGGCCUCUACCAGGAACUCGCCAGUCUCCACGGCAGACAGCGACCUCUCGGAGGCUGAAAGCGGGAGCGGGGAUGAUGCCGCUCGUCGUUCCGGAUCUGUGGCUGAUGACCAGGACGGCGACGGUGACGAAGCGAUUCACGAUGCCGAUGAAGAUGACGAGGAAGAAGAAGAGGAAGGUGGUGAUGACAAGAAGUACUGCUUGUGCCACAAUGUUAGCUACGGUGACAUGGUUGCGUGCGACAACGACAAUUGUCCGUACGAGUGGUUCCAUUGGUCCUGUGUGGGCCUCAAGAGCGAGCCAAAUGGUACUUGGUAUUGCCCUGUAUGCUCAGAAAAGCUGCAAAAGAAAGUGAAAUGA